GGUCACGCAUGAGGUUGGCGGGCGGUCGUUUGACUGUCUGUUAGUUUCAAUCUUUUCCCUGCCCUUACAUUCCUCAAAUUAAUUACAAAACUUUUUUUCCCACGACAAUUCACUAAAUAGGCGGAGUCAUUGUCUUUCGGUUUCGUCGGCAAGUGGCAGAGGGUCUGAAGUCAUGCCGUCCAUCGCCGGAGCCGGCAGCCCCGCCGCUGCUCUCGUCGAAGCGCUCGACAGCUCGGCCCGGCUCGUCGACAGACACCUUCAGGACGACCGCUGCUUCCCGGACCUGUCGGAGCUGCUCAGCGUUCCCUCACACAAUAUACCGUCCCUCUCCGGAGUGUCGGACAUGGACUAUCCCCUUCAAGGUCCGGGUUUACUCAGCGUGCCCGACCUGCCGGAGCUCAGCGCCGUGCGCAGGGUCCCGCUGCCGCCGGAGCUGGUAGAGCAAUUCAGCCAUAUGCAGUUCAACUGCAUGAUGGGAGUUUUCCCCGAGAUUUCUCGGGCGUGGCUCACGAUUGACAAUGACAUCUUCAUGUGGAAUUAUGAGGACGGGGGGGAUGUGGCCUAUUUCGACGGCCUCAUCGAAACCAUUUUAGCAGUCGGGUUGGUGAAACCAAAACAAGGGAUUUUGCAACCUCACAUCCAUUACCUGCUUGUGUUGGCCACGUCUGUGGAUGUUGUCAUCCUGGGAUUGAGCUUCCCAAAGGGCCACGCUGGGCUGAACGACAGCAUGUCGGGUGGCAUGCAGCUGCUGCCGGACCCCCUCUUCUCCAUCCCCACCGACAACACCUACAUCCUCUCGGUCACCUCCACCGACCUGGGCCGCAUCUUCAUGGCGGGCAAGGACGGCUGCCUGUACGAGAUCGCCUACCAGGCGGAGGCGGGCUGGCUGAGCCAGCGCUGCCGCAAGAUCAACCACUCGAAGAGCUCCCUGUCGUUCCUCGUCCCGUCUGUGCUCCAGUUCUCCUUCUCUGAGGAUGACCCAAUUGUGCAGAUUGCAGUGGAUGACUCCCGCAACACCCUCUUUACACGCUCCGAAAAAGGAGUACUACAGGUGUACGACUUGGGCGCUGAUGGACAGUGCAUGAGUCGCGUGGCUACCAUGUCUCAAAGCAGCAUCGUUGCAGCCGCUGGAAACAUUGCAAGGACGAUAGAUCGCUCCGUCUUCAAGCCCAUCAUUCAGAUCUCUGUAAUUAGCCGAUCAGAGUCCUCUGACUGUCACCUGCUUGCUGUGACACAUGCAGGUGUGCGUCUCUACUUCAGCACCGCGCCUUUCGCACCACCGCAACAAAGGCACACGCCGGCUCGGCCGUCCCUCCUCUCUUUGGUUCACGUGCGCCUGCCGCCGGGGUUUUCCGCAUCCUCCACGCUGCAGAAACCUGCCAAGGUCCACAAGGCGCUGCACAGUAAAGGUAUUUUGCUGAUGGCGGCUUCGGAGACGGAGGACAACGACAUCCUGUGGUGCAUCAACCAUGACUCAUUCCCCUUCAAGAAGCCCUUGAUGGAGACUCAGAUCAUGUCUAAUGUUGACGGACACACAUGGGCUAUAAGUGCCAUCAACGAGGAGAGGCCAGCCAGGAUUUGCACUCCCCUGAACAAGGACCUCAUCCCCGUCACCGAUUCGCCUGUGGUCGUCCUGCAGCACAACAUCCCCCCGCAAAAAUUUGUCCUCCUUUCGGCAAAGGGGAGUCACAUCUUCCAAAAGCUGCGUCCCGCGGAUCAGCUCCGUCACCUGCUGGUGAGCUGUGCGGGAGGAGAGAGCGAGGACAUCGAACGCUUCUUUAAGCUACACCGGGAGGAGCAGGCCUGUGCCACAGCCUUGAUCCUGGCUUGUUCGAAUGCCGCAUGUGAUAGAGAGGUCUCGCAGUGGGCCACCAGAGCCUUCUUCAGAUACGGAGGAGAAGCACAGAUGAGAUUUCCCGCAGCUAUGUCACCACCCAGCAACGUCGGACCCAUGAUGAGCUCCCCAGCCCCGGUGAGUGCCUUCUCACGGGAUGACGGAACGUCGCCCGAUAUUCAAAUACUGUAUGAUUUGUUUCAUCCACCAGGCAUUUUGCCUCCACCGCUGGCCACACCCUUUGCUCCAAUGCAGUCCGGGUCCGCCCCCAUUACCCCGAUGUCUGUCGGGCCAGAGGUGAUUUUCUCCGGGAAGCACAAUGGUAUCUGUGUCUACUUCGCUCGCAUUCUCGGAAACAUUUGGGAUGGAAGUCUAGCAGUAGAGAAAGCCAUCAGCAAAGGAAGUCAGACUGUCAGUAUUUUGGAAAGCAGCGUUGCUUCAUUUCAUCUGGAGUUGGUCCUCCGCGAGCUCUACGGGUUGAAGGAGUUUCUGGACAAAAACUCUCAGUUCAGUCCAUCUUCUCUGAGCGGCUCAAGCUUCAACUCCCCCGGCAACCUGCAGCAAAGACUGCUGGGAUUUAUGCGGCCGGAUGGCGCCAGCUCCCAGCAGGUCCAGCAAGAACUUCAGAGGAAAUAUCAUACCAAGGCUCAGGUCUAUGAAAAAGUUUCCUUGCAGAGCAUCCAGGCGCUAGUGCACCGCUCCUAUCAGACUUUAGCCCUCUGGAGGCUUCUCUGCGAUCAUCAGUUCAGCCUCAUAAUGUCGGAACUGCCCAAGGAGUUUCAAGAGCAGAUGAAGGGAGCGACUUUCAAGGACGUGGUGAUCCGGGGCAAGGAGCUGUCGGGAGCCCUGGUCACGGCGCUCAUUAACAUCUACAUUAAAGAUAACGCGUCCGUGGAUGCCAUCAGCAAUCACUUGCGGGACCUCUGCCCGCUGCUCUACAGCACGGACGACAGCGUCUGCUCCAAGGCUAACGAGUUGUUGCAGAGCUCCAAGCAGAUCCAGAGCAAAGUCGAUAAAGAGAGAACCCUGCGAGAGUCACUUCGUCUCUACCAGCAAAUCAGUCAGCACACCGACCUACCGCUGGUUUGCUCCCAGUACAGACAAGUGCGUUUCUACGAGGGAGUCCUCGAGCUGUGCCUCACCGCAGCUGACAAGAAGGACCCCCAGAGGCUGGGCCCCCAUUUUUACAAAAAUGGAGAACCUGAGGAGGACCAGGCAGGACAGCUGGCCUUCCAGGAAAGGCUAUCAUGUUACAAGUGCAUCACGGACACCAUGCAGGAGCUGGUGAACCAAAGCAAAGCGGCCCCUCAGUCCCCCAGCGUCCCAAAGCAGCCUGGGCCCCCCGUCCUCACCUCGGACCCUAACAUGCUGAGUAACGAGGAAGCGACCGCCCACUUUGAGCAGAUCUUCGGCCUCGCCCAGAGGUCGCAAGACGAGCUGUUUCAUAUCGCACUGUACAACUGGCUCAUCCAGGCUGAUCUGGCGGACAAGCUGCUUGAGGUGAAUUCGCCAUACCUGGAAGAGCACCUCAUGCACAUGAUCAAACAGGAUCAGAGCAAGGUGCACAACAUGGACCUCCUGUGGCGCUACUAUGAGAAGAGCCGCAACUUUGGCAAGGCCGCCCAUGUUCUGGCCCGGCUCGCUGACAUGCACAGUACGGAGAUCUCACUCAAGCAGCGCCUGGAGUACUUGGCCCGGGCCAUCCUGUCUGCUAAGAGCUCCUCCUCCAUCUCCGCUCAGGCGGCGGACGGCGAGUUCCUCCACGAACUGGAGGAGAAGAUGGAGCUGGUGCGCAUCCAGGUCCAGAUUCAGGAGACGCUGAUGCGACAGUACUCCAAUCACCCUUCAGUGAAGAACGCCAUCUCUCAGUUGGAUUUAGACCUCAUGGACAUCACCAAGCUCUACGGGGAAUACGCUGACCACUUCAAACUGUCCGAAUGCAAGCUGGCCAUCAUUCACUGCGCAGGACACUCGGAUCCAAUCCUGGUGCACUCGCUGUGGCAAGAAAUCAUUGAGAAAGAAUUGGCAGACACGGUGGCUAUGAGUCCCGUGGACAGGAUGCGAUCCCUCAGUUUGAAGCUGGUGUCGCUGGGCAGGAUCUACGCGGGAACGCCGCGAUAUUUUCCAUUAGAGUUCCUGGUGAAGUACCUGGAGCAGGAAGUGUGCCGCCUAAACUGGGACGUGGGCUUCGUCACGUCCACCAUGCAGGAGAUCGGGGUGCAGCUCCCGCGCCUUCUGGAGGUCUACGACCAGCUUUUCAAAGCCAGGGAUCCUUACUGGCAGCGUCUAAAGAAGCCUCUGCACUUGGUGGAGUGCAUCCACGUCCUUCUGUCGGGUUACGUGGACGACCCCAGCAGAGUGCCCACGUACGACCGGCGCCGCUUCACCAACGUGUGUCUGGACAACAUCUGCGGCUACCUGGUGGAGCUGCAGUCCCUCAGCCCCAACGCCGCGCUCCAGCACACCAUCGGCAACUUUAAGUCUCUGCAGGGCAAACUGGAUAAACUCCACUGACGUCCGUCGUCGCUCCCUCCGUCGCCUUUUAAUCGCUUAGCUGGUGAAUCCGUCACCUUCGUACGACGGAGGCGGGAUUCAGGUAGCGGUCGGCAUUACACGAUACUCACGAAAGGUUAGAGAUGAAAUUGCAGAACCAACCCGAAAUGAACUGUUCGACGUUUGAAUUCAAAGGUUUCGAGAAGGUCAAAUUGAAUUUUGCUGUUAACGUUUAUAGUGCGUUUUAGGGUUAUCCUGAAAUUUCCCUCCAGAGCCAAAGAUUCCUCACUUUUUGUAAGUAAGUAGUGCAUCUUAUUGUUUUUUUUUUUUUUUUAAGUCAAAUGCCAAGUACAGUAUGACUUUUCGUGACACCACUGUGCUCGGAUAUGUGACACUAAGGAGACUGAAGAAGCAGGUUUUUAUAACUUAUUUCAUGCUUAAUCGUGUUCCAAAACACAAUGGUAAAGAGUUUGUAAAUAUAGUACAAUGUACUCCUACUACGCUUUUACAAGAAGAAACGGCAGACAUCUUUUUUUUUUUUUUUCCUUCUUUUUGACAGUGUACAUAAAAACAAUUUGAAUAUUUUUAUAACGUGUUCGUGAGGCUGUUUUUCCACUUUUUGGAGCGCUAUUGCUCGCCACAUUAAAAUGGCGGUCGCGUUGUUCGUAAUGCGAUGCCGCAGAGGGACGUCGUGUCUUUGUGUUUGUUUAAUUAUGUUUAAUUAAAAACCGCACUCAAGGCCUUCCCGUUCAGUCAUCACACAAUGGAACGCUUAAAUUGUUGUUGUCUUUUCCUUCCAAUUAGUGUACGCGCAAUGUUUAUUUUCGCCUUUUGGAAAUAAAGAAGUUUGGACUUGA